CUAAAAACUCGGCCUUACAAAAACGAGUCGGGACAUCGGCCUCAACACACUCACACUCGCUCCUCCUUCCGUCUUUUUUAAGCUUUUUGUCGUUUUUUUUUUCUUCUCGAGGAGUUCCUUCCGCCUCAGGAUGGUUGGCACACGUGUGUAUGUGGGAGGCCUGAGCUACCGUGUGGGCGAGAGGGAUCUAGAGAGAUUCUUCAGGGGUUUCGGGCGGCUCAGGGAUAUUGUCAUCAAGAAUGGCUUUGCCUUUGUGGAAUUUGACGACUACAGGGAUGCUGAUGAUGCAGUAUAUGAGAUGAACGGUAAAGACCUGAUGGGGGAGAGGGUCCUGGUGGAGUUUGCCCGCGGGACCAGGUCAGCAGGCGGGGGCAGCUUCUAUACGGGCACAUUUUCCCGCAGGACUCGCGCUCCAUGGAUGGAAAAAGUGAUGGUGGAGAAGGCGCGCGCAUCCCCCCGGGUGCGAUGGCCGCGUGGUGGCGGUGGCGGGGGUGGGCAGCACCAAAACAGACCGCAGCAAUUCAGGUAUGGGCUGCCGACACGAACAGACUACAGGCUAGUCGUUGAGAACCUGUCCAGCCGAGUGUCCUGGCAGGACCUUAAAGACUUCAUGCGACAGGCCGGGGAAGUCACGUAUGCGGAUGCACACAAACAUCGCAGAAAUGAAGGGGUUGUGGAAUUUGCCACCUAUGCUGACAUGAAGGGAGCCCUGGAGAAACUGGAUGGUAAGGAGCUCCACGGCAGGCGUAUCCGGCUCAUCAACGACUACAACUCUCGUCGGUCACGCAGGUCCCACUCACGUUCCUCCUCACGAUCACGCUCCAGGUCUCGUUCACGUUCUAGGUCAAGGUCAAGAAGCCAUUCCAGAUCGCGCUCCCAUUCACGCUCAAAGUCACAUUCACCUUCACGUUCUAGGUCACGCUCAAGAGACAAGCGUAACAGGAAGUCCCACUCUAAGUCUCGAUCCAAGUCACAUUCCCGAUCCAAGUCCAGAUCAAGAUCACAGUCUAGGUCGCGGUCCAGGUCACGUUCAAGGUCCCCCACCAGAUCUAGAUCGAGGUCCAGGUCGCGGUCACACUCCAAGGAGAAGUCCAAGUCCAGAUCUCAGUCACGGCACCGCAGUAAAUCCCCCAGCAAAGCAGAGUCCAUGAGCCGCUCCCUUUCCAACAGCCCAAGAGAGGAGGAAGCAAUGGAUGAACACUGAAAAACAGCUAGUUGAAUGUUCUGUUAUAUUUUUACUACACCUUACACAGCAAGAAUUUCUGAGCUGUCUUGUAGGGAGGGAGGAGUUGCAAGAGGUACUCAAAGUCAUGCUUGGCUGAAAUAAAGAGUCUAUGACAUCAGCUGUGUUUUUUGAGAGUAAAUUGUCUCACAAGGAGCUUGCACUUGAGAAAUGAUAAUGACAAUUAAUAGGUAAAAUAACAAGUAAAUGUGAAUAAUGAGCAUUGGUACCAUGUCAUGUAUUUAUACUUGGUUUGUAUAUUGGGUUGUUAACUGUUAUGCGGUGGUGUUUUAUCUUUUGUUUUGUUGCCUUCCUGUAUUUUUUUUUUUUUUUUUUACAUUUUUUAUGCUGUAAUAUCUGAAAUGGAGAGUUUGCCAUGAUAUAUGGAGCUAAAACUUGAAAACAUCUAAAGGGGACUGAUAAUUACUCGAGUGAACACUAGUACCUGAACUUUACUAUUUAGUGUCAAACUUCCUCACUCACAAAGAGGAAACUAUCCAAUAUCUGCCUGUGAUGUGGGAAAGGGAUGCAGGUUACAGCUACUGUGUUGUGAUUCCUUAAUUAGCUAUAUUUGUUAUUAAUGCAUUUUCUUUUUCUUUUUUUUCCUUUCUUUCUUUUUUCUUUUUUCUUUUGUCUAUAUUUUUUCUUGCUUUUCCCCUAUUUUUAGGGGGGGAGUGAGGGGAAAAGGAGAAUAUUGCAUUUUUUGUGUAUGAUUUCUGUUGUAUCACAUCUUUCAAUACCACUCUAAAUGACACAAUGCUGUUUGUACAACAGCUGUUUAUACUAAAUUGGGUUUGAUAUUGCUUUAGACAAAUAUAGGAUGAGAAAAUAGCAAUGGAAAGUGGUUUCUUUCCAUGCACAAAGUAAUUGAGUGACUAAAGAUUGUACUGUACACUUUUACCUGAAUGAUUGGGCUAGGUGUGUGUGUGCUUUUCAAGUUAUGUCAUGUUCUACACAGAUUUGAAUUUUUAUACUUAAGGUUAAGUAGGUCAGCAUAUGCAUAUGUUUCAAUAUUUUGCUCCUCUUCUCUCUCAGCUUUUCUUUUCCUCUCUUCUGUCCUAUUUUGUCCUCUCUCCUCUUCUUUCUCCUCACUGUGUUCUCCUUUCUCAAUCUGUCUUUCCUUCCCCUCUCUCUUUUCU